CCUAGGUUCAACAUCCUUGCCAAAAACGUGACCGUAGUGGCAGGUCAAAGAGCCAUCCUUCCUUGCUCUGUGGAUUAUCUGGGUAGCUACAAGGUUGUUUGGCAAAGUCCCAGAGGCAAGAUUUUGACACUAGACGAUCGUAGAAUCAUCUUUGACGACCGGGUAAGCCUAGAGAGACCGUAUGUCAAGGAGUGGAACCUUCACCUACACAACGUGAAAACCUCUGAUGCCGGAUUCUACCAGUGUCAAAUAAACACAGACCCUGUUCAAAUCAGAGAAGUCAUGUUACAUGUGAACG